AUGAAGAAAUCAGCGAGCACCAAUUUGCAAUACCAAUCUAGUCAAAGAAAAAAUAAUCCAAAUUUUCAAGAUAUUACAGAAACUGAUUAUUCCACAAAGAGAAAUUCAGGACUGAAAAGUUUCAUAUCUAUUGUCAAAAAACUUGCUUUGAUUUUUAGUAGCAAAAGCAAAAAAACAGCUUCAAAUGUUGUUGGAAGUCAUGAUAGAAAGAAUACAUCAAAAGCAAGAUUGAUGGUAUCAUCUUCAACUGAUUUAUCAUCUGAAAGUGGCAACAAGAAUUCAUCAAAAUGGAAAUUUUCUUCUUCCUAUGCAUCAUCUAGUACUACAAGUGGACAGCUUGGAGUUGGGAAUUUUACUUUUGAUGAAAUUUUGAAGUCAACUGCGAAAUUCUCGCCGGAUAAUCAGAUUGGUGAAGGUGGAUUUGGAACUGUCUAUAGAGGGAAGCUUAAUGAUGGAACUAUUGUCGCGGUGAAGCGCGCCAAGAAGGAAGCUCUGCAGAGUCACUUAUAUGAGUUCAAGAAUGAAAUAUACACUUUAUCAAAAAUUGAGCACUUGAAUCUUGUGAGGUUAUAUGGAUAUUUGGAGCAUGGAGAUGAGAAGCUUAUUGUUGUUGAGUAUGUUGCUAAUGGAAAUCUCAGAGAACAUUUAGAUGGCACUCGAGGCGAUGGACUAGAAAUCGGCGAGCGUCUAGACAUAGCAAUUGAUGUAGCUCAUGCAAUAACUUACCUUCAUAUGUACACAGAUAAUCCGAUUAUACAUAGAGACAUCAAAGCAUCAAACAUCUUAAUUAGUGAGAAUCUAAGGGCUAAAGUUGCAGACUUUGGUUUCGCAAGGUUAUCCGAAGACCCUGGCGCAACUCAUAUUUCAACUCAAGUUAAAGGAACUGCUGGUUAUAUGGAUCCUGAGUACUUGAGAACUUAUCAACUCACCGAAAAGAGUGAUGUUUAUUCCUUCGGCGUAUUGCUCGUUGAAAUGAUGACAGGAAGACAUCCUAUUGAACCGAAGAAACAAAUCGACGAGAGAGUCACAAUCAGAUGGGCAAUGAAGAUGCUAAGGAAAGGGGAAGCAGUGUUUGCAAUGGAUCCAAGAUUGAGAAGAAAUCCAGCCUCCAUAAAAGCCAUGAAGAAGGUUUUCAAGCUAGCUUUUCAAUGCCUUGCACCUUCCAUACAUUCAAGGCCACCUAUGAAGAAUUGCGCCGAGGUUCUCUGGGGAAUCCGUAAAAGUUUUAAAGACGACAUGACUCCUAUUCCCACCUUACCUUCUCAUCAAUCUGAAAAUUUUCCUCAAAGAGAAAAGAAUAAGCAUAUGGUAUUUGGUAUCGAAGACGAUGACAGCUACAAAUUUACCUCCGCGCCUAAUCACAUUCGUUCAUGA